AUGGCGGUCACCAACGUGUAUCUGCAGGUCGUGGAUGAACGCCCCGAGCGAGCCGUGGUCAGCACAGCACAGCACAACGCCGAGAACUAUGAGGAGCUCCUCGACCACCUCAAGCUGCCGACCCGCUCGACUCAAGUCGAGCACGCCCCGCACCCACAUGCCGUCACGCAGUCUGGCAACUAUGAGUACUUUGAGUCUCAAGGUGGAUCGCCCAUCGGUGAGCUAACCUGUCCAGCUGCGCAGACCGACGACAGCUUCAGUCUCAAUCUCAUUGCACGCCCCAUCACCCGUCAUCUAGCCUUUGCCAUUGCCGAAUUUGUGGACAACAGCCUGAUGGCCACUCGUCACAGCAAGGACAGGCAUAUCAUCGUCCGCUUGGACGUGCGCCCAGCCCACCUGGAAUUCUUGCGCGCUUACAUGCCUGUGAGCCGAUCUUUGGCGUACAUUUACCACUACUAUCUCCACGGCUUUUUUGGAAACGUGGAGGACCACGAGCUAUCCGAGGAAGAAAAGGCUAUUGUGGUCAAACUUCGGUACCAGGUGAAGAUUGAUGGAGAACUGGUUGGCGACAUUGACCUGGCCGACCUGAGCGAGCCCGACGUUGAAACUUGUGUCUUGCGCUCUGCUCAGCGCUUUUUUAACUUUAAAAUCGAAGUCCCUGCCAAUGGAACGGCGCCAUUACGCGUAGUUCAGGGCCAGCUGCGCUACCAUCCCUUUGUGCAAGAUCACGAAACCCUGCCCAACCGCUCAAAGCUAAUGCUGGCCGCUCCCAAGUCAAUGAAGACCAACAACGGCGACGACAACAUGGAUGUGGACGAUGCGGAGGAUUUGGACGAGCAUGAGGUCAACGAAGCUGAUGAGUCGCCUGUGGUGGAUGCCGAUGAUGGGACACUGCGACCCAUUUUUGUCAUUUACUGGAAUGGCCGUCUCAUUGGCAACGCCACUGUUUCCUCGCUUAAUUUUUGCUCAAUCUUGAAUCGCGAGUACAAGCCCAAUACGGCAUCAUCGUUUGCCGCGGAAGUCUUCCAUCGACAGACGGGCACGCUGUGGUUUGGCACGCCAUGGACCGUCACGACCAACAAGCUCACGCUAUUACAGAAUGCUCGCGAGCAACUGAACAGUGACGAAUGCACGUUUGGUGUCUUCACUCAGGAGGGGGACCUGGUGAAAAGCGCCGGCCGUAACAUUUCGCGAACCUACCUUCAG